CCAGCGCGUCGCAUCGCUGAGCGGUGUUCAGCACGGACUGGCAGCACCAGUGCGACCCAUCGCAGAGCUCACCUGCCGAGAUAUUAUAUAUUUUUCUCUAUCCUUUUCAAAAGAAGAAGAAAAGUGUGGACCGACGGAGAGCCCUGACGUCACCAUGCCAAGUAGAGACUGAAGGUUCGGGUCGUGGUGAGGAGGAGAAGGGGUGUUAACACUGCGGGUGUGCUUGGGGUGGCCUCUCCAUCGCGGUGAACACCUUUCGGGCUCAGAGCGCGCUCGGUAAGAUGAUGGACGGCUGGAUGCCGCUGCUGCUGUUGGCUCUCCUCGCCAUUGCGGGAGGCGGCCUCGGGGCAGACACAGAGGAGCGCUUGGUGGAGCAUCUCCUAAACCCAGCCCACUACAACAAACUGAUCCGUCCUGCGACUAAUGGCUCCGAGCUGGUUACCGUGCAGCUGAUGGUGUCAUUGGCCCAGCUCAUCAGUGUGCAUGAAAGAGAGCAGGUGAUGACCACCAAUGUCUGGCUAACACAGGAGUGGCAGGACUAUCGUCUGACUUGGGUCCCUGAGGAGUUUGACGGAAUGAUGAAGGUCAGGCUGCCCUCAAAACACAUCUGGCUGCCUGACGUGGUGCUCUACAACAAUGCUGAUGGGGUGUAUGAGGUGUCGUUCUACUCUAACGCAGUGGUCUCCUACGACGGCAGUAUCUUCUGGUUGCCCCCGGCCAUCUAUAAGUCAGCCUGUAAAAUCGAGGUCAAGCACUUCCCAUUUGACCAGCAGAACUGCACGCUGCGCUUCCGCUCCUGGACUUACGACCGCACUGAGAUCGAUCUGGUGCUCCGUGCUGAUGUGGCAAGCAUGGACGACUUCACACCCAGCGGGGAGUGGGACAUCAUCGCCCUGCCAGGCAGACGGAACGAGAACCCAGCUGACCCCACCUACGUGGACAUCACGUACGACUUCAUCAUUCGCAGGAAGCCUCUUUUUUACACCAUCAACCUCAUCAUCCCAUGCGUACUCAUCACCUCACUGGCAAUCCUGGUCUUCUACUUGCCGUCUGACUGUGGAGAGAAGAUGACGCUCUGCAUCUCUGUGCUGCUGGCGCUCACUGUGUUCCUGCUGCUAAUCUCCAAGAUCGUCCCACCAACUUCACUAGACGUCCCGCUCGUGGGGAAGUACCUGAUGUUCACCAUGGUCCUUGUAACUUUCUCUAUCGUUACCAGUGUGUGUGUGCUCAAUGUACACCACCGCUCGCCCACCACACACACCAUGCCCCCUUGGGUUAAACUGGUGUUCCUCAACAAACUUCCUGCCUUGCUCUUUAUGCGACAACCCAGGAACAGCUGCGAGCGCCAGCGGCUGCGCCAAAGGAGAAGGGCCCAGGAACAGAAGGAGGGUGGGCGCAGCGGGGAGGCAGGCGCCCUGAUGGUGGGGCUCGGGCUGGGCAAUAGCGGCGGAAACGGAGGAGCAACCUCCACAGGGGUGUUCGGCAAGGAGGACAGUGACCCUUGUACCUGUUACGUGAACCGGGCGUCUGUUAAACAGUUUGGAACGGAUCUGGGAGGUGCAGGAGGGGGAUCCAUGGAUGGUCUUAACAGGGUGAGGGACGGCCGGGAAGGCAACUCUGGAAACCUGCCACGGGGGAAGCAAGGAACGGGAGGUCCUGCCCUGACUCAGGCCCUGCUAGCUCAAGCCUGUCCAGGCUUUGAGGAGGCUGUAGAAGGAGUACGCUUCAUCGCCAACCACAUGAAGAGUGAGGAUGAUGAUCAGAGUGUGAGCGAGGAUUGGAAGUACGUUGCCAUGGUGAUUGACCGCCUCUUCCUGUGGAUCUUCGUGUUCGUGUGCGUGUUUGGCACAGUGGGCAUGUUCAUGCAGCCGCUCUUCCAGAAUUACACAGUCAAGACCAUCACCAGCCCGCCAGGCUGACCACUGGCAGGAAGCGAACGCGAUGACGGACAGCUCCCCCGACCAAUCAGUACAGCAGGACAAGGGCUGGUGGUGGGUGGGGGAGUUGAGUCUGGGUUUUAUUGUGUCUAUUAAACUGGAACCAGGACUGGAACUAAACAGCAAUCACACCCAUUACCUUUAUAGUAACGUUUUUUGCAAUGAAAAACUGUUUUUCUUGUAUGAAGAGAAAAAGGAAAACACCAUCAUACUCUUACCUGCAGUUUUUUGUCCAGAUGUUUAAUGGACUGACCUCCCCUUUCUGGUGGAAAGGUCCAUCCCUGCUCUCCUCUUCAUUCAGUCAGGGAGCGAGGAUGCUCUGAUUUACUCCUUGUUGAACCUCACAGCAGCCAAUCAACACUUUCUGUGCGACGCUGACUGCUUAAUUGACACAUUGACAUGCCCGCUUUCAACUAUGACAUUACUCAUUCAUAAUAUUGACUGAUGUCAGUAGGAGCUAAUCAGAAAGGGAAGGGAGGUUCAUAUCAAGGCAUUAUACAUUUCUUUUAUUUUUUUAGAAAUCCACUACGUCAGUGAACCGAUUCAGUAUAUUUUAUCAUAGCAUAGCGGCUUACCACAGUAUAGCAUUAGGAAUAUAUUAUUAAGAUUUCUCUAUGUGUUAGCUCAUGCAAGGGUCUGUUGCUGAUAGACAAGCUACAUUGUGUUGAUUGUAUAGAUUAAACAAGAAUGUGAUAUAAACUGUACUACACAGCCUGUGAUGCGCACACUAACACAAUAUGCGUACAAGCAACAGAUGGAUGGAAAAUACAUAGAGGAGACUGGAAUCAAAGAAAGAGCCAGGUUGCAUUAUUAGAUGAAAGUCAAAGGGAUAAAGUAAUAGAUUAUGCAUGGACAGUUUUUGCUUAGAAAGAUGUGCACAUUAAGUAGAGAACAACGGCAGCCCACUGUGCCAGAGUGCACAG